UGAGCACUUGCAUCUGCUUUGCUCAGCUUGCCUUGCAGCUUCUUGUGAUGUAAUACACUGAAACCAAAAUGAAUCACUUCAGAACAUUUUCCACCUUUAAUGUGACCUAUAACCUAUAAAAUUCAAGUGACAAACUGAAACCGUUAUCGCUGUGUCUGUCAACCAGUAACAUUUAAACUCAUAUUAAAUAGUAGUCAGUAUACAUCUUCUUAGUUGCAUGCCACUGCAGCCAGUCCUGAAAGACCUUCCAAAGCAUGAAUGGGAUGUCACUGUUGAAAGGUAUCGAUCAGGAGAGGGGUACAGAAGAAGUUCCAAGACACUAGAUAUACCAUGGAACACAGUGAAGACAGUUAUCAACAUGUCAAGAAAAUAUUGCACAACAGUGUCAUUACCAAGAACCGGACCCUCCAGAACAGAUGAAAAGACAAGGAGAAAACUGGUCAGGUUGGCUGCCAAGAGGCCGACGGCAACAUUAAAGGAUCUGCUGGAAUUUCUGGCAAGUACUUGUUGCUUACUACACAAGACAACAAUCCUCGCAUGUCUGGGCUGUAGGGCGGUAUGGUGGCAAGGCAGAAGCCUUUUCUCAUUUAGAAUGAUGACCUCCAGUCUCCCAAAACCACGUGGGAAAAUUGUGCUAUUGUCUGUUGAGAACACAUUGCCAAAGACUGUGGGGCUGCACUUCUUCAGGGAAUUAUGAGUAGUUCCAACUACUGACACAAAACCCUGAGGCCUUUCAGCAUGACAUGUUCAGUGGAUUUUCUGUUGAAUAGAAGGACUCCAGAGGGUUACAGCUGGAUUCAUUUCUUGUUCUUUAUCCUUUUAACAUGUCUCCUUGUCUUUUAAGGGUAGUUUUGCAGGUUUUAAUAUUUGUUAUAUUUAUACAAAUGUCUGAUGUUGUCUGAUCUUUUUUAUUGUCCUGUGGUCCACACUAUAGGCUAAACAAAAGUUGAAGAUUUCUACCAACACCCCUUAACUAAAACCUUAAGAUGGAUGUCCUGAGAGGAUGGUUCACUCUGCCCCUUUUUCUGGAAACUAUGUAUACAUUUACAUUUGGUUCAUGGAGCAAAAUAUCAAUACAGAAAAGGAGACUUGUCAGCGUAGUAAGAAGCUGUGGAUGUUUGUUUCCAGUUGCCUGAGAGGUUUUAUUUCCUUCAUGGUUGAAUGACCAAAAUACCAGGACACAGCAAGACUAAGGGCCAUCUUGUUUAUAGACGAUCUUUGGUGUAGUGUACCCCUUAAACGUCACCUGAUACCCUAGCAACGAGCAAGUGUCACCAGGAGCGACUGCAGGUGCAGGACAGUUUCCAUGGCAACUCGGACACAUACGCUCGCUCAACCCAAGCCCAACCGACUCAGGCAUCCAGACCGUCGCUCUGUUUACUGGCUGGAUGAGCUACCAACUGAGAAGACUGGAUCCACCACCAAAAUCGAGUUAACCCCUCGCUGGUCGGAGCUCUGUAGAAGUAAAAAGCUCUACACUCAAGUCAUACUUUCUCCCAUAUGGGAGGUGAGUGAGUGGGCUCUCAGGGCCGUUCCGUCCGAGCGGCUGUGCAGCCUGGCACGACCUCGGUUCCCUGCAGCUGGCUGGCAGCCGGACCGCCCGCUGGUGGCCCCUUUGAGCAGGGCAACGCAGACGGCGGUCGCCUCUUCACGGAUUUGCCAGCUUGCUCAGCCAAAGAGAAGGCAGGUUCUGGAGGGCUCUGGCCACAAACUAAAAUCUGCACCCGUGACUCACUUGCCCUGCAAAGCAUCUGCACACAUAGAGCUACUUUCCACCCCCAAGCACGACCAUCCCAAGUUUGAGGGGGCACGAUCGGUGUGCUGGCCCGUCUCCAGGGCAGCGAGGAGCUACGUAGCCAGUCCAGAGACUUCUUGAGCUGUCCAGUCCUAAAGAGAGAGAGGCUCUUUUUAAGGGAUAUGACCCAUAUAUUGUCAGCCGGGCAGCACGCUCUGCCAGCCCAUCGCCCCGAAUACAACAGCUCUGUUUACCUCUG